AGAGGCACUGAAACACAACGAGAGAGUGAGAGAGAGAACGAGAGGGCACGAAUGCAGUUUACACAUUAGCCCAGCUGCCAGAAAUUACAGCAAGCUCAAUUCUGCUGGACUGGAACAGGGGGGGGGGCGUGAAAUGGAAUGAUGGCAAGGACGCAGAAAAUGAAGAAGACCCACCAUUGCAUUCUCUUGGGAAAUGAUCUGUGGUGAAUAACCAGAAACCGCAGAAGAGGCUGAGAGAGAGAGAGAGGGGAAGAACGGGGGGAAGGAGGAGGAGGAGGGGAGAGCCUAGCGUCCUCUGAGGGCAGUAGACUAACAGCAUCGCAAGUAAAGUGUGUAUGGGCUGUUUCCUGCUCCGUAAAGGCCCAUUUCUCCACCCUUGAUGUGUCUUACCGCUCCUGCCUGCUGACAGCAAGUUCUUCUUCCAUACAUCCCCAGACGCUCUCAGAAUGCACCUACUUUCCUGCAAGCAAAAACACAGUGACAGGAGCACAGAGACUUGAGGAUAUCUGGCGUUAAAAAGGAAGUAGGACUGAAAAGAAGGAACAAAUCCUUGAUUGGGAUUUUUUUAAUGAAAUCACUUGACGUUUACUACUCUGAAUCCAUCCAGUGUUUUAAGUUGGAACGGAACCCUGAGGGGCUAAAGGAAUAAGUGUCAUCCAAUCAAACGAAGAUCCUUUGAUUUCAUAUCGCACAGAGAGGAUCCUAAGCGAUACCAUUCAACGGGAGAUAAUUGAACUUCCUGCCUGACAGGCAGCCUGAAAAUGGAGAACUAGAAGUUCAAGUGGUUUUUCUGGGGGAUAUGUUCAAGCACCCUGCCACUCAGAAUCAGAUUGCAGGCCAGUUCUGAUGGCCAUCUUCUAGCGAUCUGUGGCAUUUGGUGUUGUUUUUUUCUCAUUUUUUCUGAUAAAGGAAAGACUGAUUUUGGAAUUAUUUUGUAUCUCAGCUUUUAGACUGACAUUCAACAGUUUUACUGUGUAGGUCUAGAAAGAAAAACAAAGAAAGAGAGAUCAGAUGGUGGUAUGCUUUGGAUUGACAAGGCUGUUCUCCAAUCUGAGGCAAAAAGGAAAAAUUUAUUAAAUGCUUUAGUUUUGCUAUUCAGAUACGGGUAGAUUAAAAGACAGAAGGAGAACAAGACCAAAGAAAGCGAAAAGGGGAGGGAGGGGGCCAGAUGCCACAGAUCGUCGCAAACUCUUACCUUUUGAAAAGUUAAGCUUCUUUUUCCCUUUUCAUCUUGAAAAUUAGAUUUUUUUGCUCUUUUAGAUAACCCUUAAGACUGUAAGGGAGAUCGUAACACAUUGCAGUGACUGAGAUAGGGUGGGGAAAAGGAGGGAGAAGCUUUCCCCCCGUAUCUGAAACAGAAUGUUCUGUUGGCUUCUCAUUUUUGCAGUUUUAGGUAUUUAUCUUGUCACUCCAUUCUCAAACUCCGUUUUAAUCCCCCUCUCCAUGCCUCUGGGAGAGCAAAGGACAGAAUUGAGUUAUUUUAUCCUUGCUGGAAUUUUUUUUAUUUGCCUUCCCGACUGAUUUUUCUUCUGUACUCCUGUUUACCCCAGACAAAAUGCUGUUGGAUCUCAAGUCAAAAUCAGGAACCUGAUAGCGUUUGGCAAAAGAUUCCACAAGGAGCCAGGCAACGAGAACAAGAGACGGAAACCUAACCUCCGAUCUUAAAAAAGCGUGAGAUCUGCUUUCCCCCUCCCCAUUUCAGAGGUGUCCUCCGAUAUUCCUUCCUCUUUUUCCCCGGAAUCUGUCAGCAUUCCCGACGGGACGCAGCCAGCUUGUAUCCGUGCCAAUCCUUUGAUAUUAGCUCCCGGUGUCGUCUGCUUCAUUCUGUGGCGGUGCAGGCAGCCAGACGACCUUUCUCCAUGAGGAGCAGUGGAAGAUGCCGGCUCUGCCAGCGCUGCUGCUGUCGAUUCACCUCCUCUUCCUCCUCCUGCUGUUGCUUCUGCUGACCAUGGCCCCAUCCUCUCACAGCCAGGCACCCGCUCUCGCAGCCGUCAGGAUGGCUGCUAUUUUAGACGAUCAGUCAGCGUGUGGACGAGGAGAGCGGUUGGCAUUGGCUCUGGCCCGAGAGAACAUCAACAGUGUGAUGGAGGGCCCAUCAAGAGCCCGUGUGGAGGUCGACAUCUUUGAGCUGCAGAGAGACUCUCAGUAUGAGACUACAGACACAAUGUGUCAGAUCCUGCCAAAGGGAGUGGUUUCUGUCAUUGGUCCUGCCUCUAGUCCUGCUUCUGGAUCCACCGUCAGUCAUAUAUGUGGGGAAAAAGAGAUCCCUCACAUCAAGAUUGGUCCAGAGGAGACUCCGCGCUUGCCAUAUCUGCGCUUUGCCUCAGUGACGCUGUAUCCUAGCAACGAGGACUUAAGCUUGGCCAUCGGUGCCAUCCUGCGCUCUUUCAGUUACCCGACGGCCAGCUUGAUUUGUGCCAAAGCAGAGUGCCUGCUGCGAUUGGAGGAGCUUGUGCGUCACUUCCUUAUAUCCCGGGACACACUCUCAGUCAGAAUGCUUGAUGAAAAUUUGGACCCCACCCCCCUGCUGAAAGAAAUCCGUGAUGACAAAGUUGCGACUAUUAUCAUUGAUGCCAAUGCAUCUGUGUCAAUACUUAUACUAAAGAAGGCCUCAGAAUUAGGCAUGACGUCAGCCUUCUACAAGUACAUCCUCACCACAAUGGAUUUCCCUCUGUUGAGGUUGGAUGAUGUGGUAGAUGAUCAGUCAAAUAUCGUCGGCUUCUCCAUGUUGAACAGCAGUCAUCCUUUCUACCUAGAGUUCAUCAGGAGUCUAAACCUGUCAUGGAGGGAAGGUUGUGAUCUCAGCCCCUAUCCUGGUCCAGCGUUGUCAUCAGCGCUGAUGUUCGAUGCAGUGCAUGUUGUGGUCAUAGCGGUGCGAGAACUCAACCGCAGUCAGGAGAUCGGAGUAAAGCCUCUGAGUUGCACGUCUUCACUCAUCUGGCAACACGGCACCAGUCUCAUGAACUACCUGCGCAUGGUAGAGUAUGACGGCCUAACAGGCCGCGUGGAGUUUAACAGCAAAGGCCAGAGGACCAAUUACACGCUUCGUAUUCUUGAGAAAUUCAAGGGGGGUCACAAAGAGAUCGGUGUCUGGUACUCCAAUAACACGUUGGCUAUGAACUCCACAUCUUUAGACAUCAACACGUCUGAAACCUUAGCCAACAAAACGCUCAUCGUCACCACAAUACUGGAAGAUCCAUACGUGAAGCGCAAGGCAAACUACCAGGACUUUCAGGGUAAUGAUCAGUACGAGGGCUUCUGUGUGGAUAUGCUGCGGGAGCUGGCAGACAUGCUGAAGUUUUCCUUCCGGAUCAAGCUGGUGGAUGACGGGCUGUAUGGAGCUCCAGAACCUAAUGGGUCAUGGACUGGCAUGGUGGGGGAACUCAUCAACAGGAAAGCAGAUUUGGCGGUGGCUGGAUUUACCAUCACAUCAGAGAGGGAGAAGGUCAUCGAUUUCUCCAAACCUUUCAUGAACCUUGGCAUCAGUAUCCUGUACCGCGUCCACAUAGGCAGGAAGCCGGGUUAUUUCUCCUUCUUGGAUCCCUUUUCGCCAGCUGUCUGGUUAUUUAUGCUUUUAGCUUAUCUGGCCGUUAGCUGUGUGCUCUUCCUGGCUGCCAGGCUGAGUCCGUAUGAGUGGUACAACCCCUUCCCGUGUUUGCGGGACCGCAGGGACCUGCUGGAGAAUCAGUACACACUGGGGAACAGCCUGUGGUUUCCGAUCGGUGGUUUCAUGCAGCAGGGCUCAGAGAUCAUGCCCCGGGCUCUGUCCACACGCUGUGUCAGCGGCGUUUGGUGGGCAUUCACGCUGAUCAUCAUUUCUUCCUACACGGCGAACCUCGCAGCUUUCCUGACAGUCCAGAGGAUGGAGGUGCCGAUCGGAUCUGCUGAUGACUUGGCCGAUCAGACGAACAUCCAGUAUGGGACUAUUCUAGGAGGAAGUACUAUGACCUUCUUCAUGAACUCGCGUUACCAGACGUACCAGCGUAUGUGGAAUUACAUGUACUCCAAGCAGCCCAGCGUGUUCGUGAAGAGCACGGAGGAGGGCAUCGCUCGGAUUUUAAACUCCAGGUACGCCUUUCUUCUGGAAAGCACCAUGAACGAGUACCACCGACGCCUCAACUGCAACCUGACGCAGAUUGGAGGCCUGCUGGACACCAAGGGCUACGGCAUCGGUAUGCCUCUGGGUUCACCUUUCAGAGAUGAGAUCACGUUAGGCAUACUGCAGCUGCAAGAGAACAACCGAUUAGAAAUCCUAAAGCGUCGAUGGUGGGAGGGUGGAAAGUGUCCUAAAGAAGAAGACCAUCGCGCCAAAGGUCUAGGUAUGGAGAAUAUCGGCGGGAUAUUCGUGGUGCUGAUAUGUGGACUCAUAAUAGCUGUUUUUGUAGCCAUUAUGGAGUUUGUGUGGUCCACACGCCGCUCGGCCGAGACAGAUGAGGUACGCCUUCACUCCUGCCCCGUCCGAAAACACAGACACUCACGAGUCUCAGUAUGUCAGGAAAUGAUGACUGAAUUCAGAAAUGUUAUCUCCUGUAAAAAGAACUCUCGUUUGCGGCGCCGACGGCCCCUCUCGUCCCAGGGCAUCCUCCGGCACCCAGCUCGUCUCCCUUUAGGAGCUCCCCGUCAGAUGCGGCUCGUGAGGGACAUGCGUCUCAGCAAUGGCAAACUCUACAGCGGGACGGGGCCACCAACCGGCGUGGCUGCAGGACCGGGACCCGGCGGGGGUGCUGCGGAAAUGGGCCCGGGCCCCCAGCGACUUCUGGAGGACCCUCUCAGUGCCAGUGUCCCCAGUAGCGCACCCGCUCUGGUCCCCACGGAGGUGCCCCGCGGCUGCACACAUGUGCGUGUGUGCCAGGAGUGCCGGAGGAUCCAGAGCCUUCGCUCCACGUCUUCUUGCUCGCGCAUUUCUCCGCUGGCCUCUGCCACAUCCUCUCUCCCGCGUUUGUCGCUGCCGCCCCCCUCCACCUCCAAUACAAACACCGACAGCGAAGGAGGAGGCUCGGGCAGCCCACGCAGGGCCAAACCCACACCCCCUCCAAGACCGCUGCCACCCACUAAAACUCCCUCUACUGAUCUCCUCUGCAAGCAGGACUGAGAGUUAGGAAACUUUUAUCAGGACAAGAAUUUAAUGUAAAUGAGUGCUGGAGGACAGACUGAAAGACUCUGCCCACGCCUCCAGUCAAAGUGACCUCUGGGAUACUGCAAAUAAAGGCCAUUUUUGGAUGCAAAAUUACAUUAAUGGACACUGAGUGAGAGAAAGAUGAUUCAGCCAACCG